GGCGGCUAUGGGAGUUCGGAGCCCAAAGCAGAGAAUCGACCACCGCUAAGGGACCUGGAAGAGGCGGGGCUUUGCGCCUUACAGAGGGACCCGCCCCGAUUACAUCACUUCCGUAAACAAAGGGCGCUUGCCCUGGGUUUGUGAUCCAGGCUGAUGACCUGCGGUCUCGCUACAGGCUUAGCAGAGGCUUUGAACGCACUCUGACCUUUUCCAGCUGAAGAAGGGUAGCCACAGCCCUUUCUUCCUCGGGUCUUAUGAAGCUGGUAUUGAUGCAAGGAAGAAUUUAAGACAAUGGAAGAACGGAAAGCAAAGAGGAAGAGCCCCAAGUCUUUCAGUGCCCACUCUACUCAGGUUGUUAAUGCCAAAAAAAAUGCCAUCCCAGCUAGUAAAAGCACAGGAUUUUCAAAUCCCACAUCGCAGUCAACUUCCCAGAGGCCAAAGUUAAAAAGGGUGAUGAAAGAAAAGAACAAACCUCCAGGAGGAGAAGGGAAGGGUGCUCAGUCCACACCCAUCCAGCACUCCUUCCUCACCGACGUCUCUGAUGUCCAGGAGAUGGAGCGCGGGCUCCUUAGCCUGCUGAACGAUUUCCACUCUGGAAAGCUGCAGGCAUUUGGAAAUGAAUGUUCCAUAGAACAGAUGGAACAUGUUCGGGGAAUGCAGGAGAAAUUAGCUCGCUUGAACUUGGAGCUCUACGGGGAGUUAGAGGAACUUCCUGAGGAAAAGCGGAAAGCAGCCAGUGAUGCAAACCUGGACAGGCUUCUGUCUGACGGGGCUGAAAAGCUGACUCAGCGUCUAAAAGUACUUGCUGCUCUUGCAGAAGACCCAGAUUCUGUUUCCAGCACCCACUUGACGGCCCUCGACCCUCUCUAACUUCAGUUCCGGGGAUCUGAAGCCCUCUCUGGCCUCGGAGGGCACCAGGCACACAUGCGGUGCACAUGAUUACAUUUGGGCAAAACACACAUACCCAUAAAAUAAAAAUAAAUAUCUAAAGCCUUAGGGAGCUAGGGAGAUGGCUCAGUUGGUAGAGUUCUUGCUACACUGGCAUGAGGGCCUGAGUUCGGAUCCUUGGCCCUGUGUGUACAGUGCCUGUAAUCUCAACACUAGAGAAGCAGAGACAAGAAGAUCUCUGAGGAUUACAGGCCGCCCUUUCUUGCUGAAUUUGUCAGCUUGAGGUUUGGAGAGAGAUCCUGUCUCAAAGAAAUAAGGUGGAGAACAGUUAAGGAGGACACCCAGAGUGACCUCUGGCCUCCUUAUGUGCAGGUACACAGCAACUUAUGGAUACACAGACAUUUUUAUAGAACAAAAGAGAAUAAAUAAAAACUGAUCCCAAUGUAUUUUUAGCUUCAUGUUCACCAGAGACAGGAGAGCUUGUUUCUGCAAUUUUUCUUUUUCUCUUUUGCUUUUUUUUUUUUUUGAAAAAGUAAAUAUAAGGCAAUUGUCUGCCCACACUUCAAAUACUUUAUGCUUCGAAGAUUAGCUGUGUGGUCUUGUAUUCCCAGCAUUUGGGAAGUGGAUGUAGGAGGGACAGGAGGUCAAGGUGAGCCUGACCUACAAGGUGAGUUCAAGGCUAGCCUGGGCUAUAUGAGGCCUAUCUCAAAAAACAAACAAAAAGCCCUUCAAGCCUGUACUUUAAAGAGUCAACUCUGCCAUGCAUUAUUUGGUCUCAUAAGUAUUAAGUUCAUGUCUUAUGCUCAAUUUUUCUUAGAUGUAAGUUUAAUUUGUGUACCCUUAGAGCAUUUGAGAAAAUAACUAAAUUUUAAAUCAGGAGGUAUAGUGCAAGGCUUACAUCAGUUGUACUUGGUAACAGUGAGCCGUCUAGUUAACAUACCCCCUACCAUCCUUUCUUUGUAAAUGGUUUUGGGGUACUGGAGAUUAAGCCAAGGGCCUCAUGGAUGCUGGGCAAGCACUCCACCAUUGAAACUAUAGCCCCAGCGCGCAUGUCUUUACUUUGUAUUUCUCCUCCUAAAAUUAAAGGUACUGUGGUCUGAAUGUCUAUGUCCUUCUAGAGCUUGCACUUCCAAGUCCUGACUCUGAAGGUGGGGCAACAGGAGAUGGGUCUGUGGAAGGUGAUUAGGUCAGGAGAGGGAUUAGUGUCCUAGGAAAAGAGGCUGAAAAGAGACACCCCUCUGUUUCCAUUCUGUGAGGACACAGUGCAGAGUGCUGUUCUGUGAGCCGGACACCAGCUCCUUUGGCAUCUUUGCCUUGACCAGCUGGUCUCUAGAACUGGAGAAAUGAGUUUCUUUUUUCUGCAAACCACUAAUUUAAUGAUACUGUGUUAUAAGAACCCAAACAGACAAAGACAAUGGGUGAACAAUUCUAUUUUAUAGUGUUAAUUGAAUGAUUUGUGAAGUAUUUUUAUAAAUAAUAAAAAUUUUAAAGAUUAUAAUCAUGGAAA